AACCAACCAUCAAUCAAUCAAUCAAUCAAUCAACAUCCUAUCCUAUCUCACUUCAAAGGUCAAUCCAUCCAUUCUUUCUUGCUUGUAUCACCACCGAUCCAAUUGAAUCAGGUAACAUGUCAAAAGUUAUUCGUCGUCACUCCGAACCUCGCCCCCAAGAUGUGUCUCAUACUCCAGACAUACCCCGGACCAGCUCCAAGCGUAAAUCAAUGGAUGUAGCACAAUCUAGUACAUCCACAUCGAAUAUCAAUGGGUCUCAUCGUAAAUCCAUUGAUGGCAGUACGCGAAAACGCACAGAGGAUCAAUUACAGCCUGUUCCGGAAAGCCAGGCGACACAAACCAAGCCAUCCACCUCCAAGAAACCUAGCAUCUUGAACCCCCUCAAGAAAGCCUCGUCUCAAAAAAGACACGUCUCUGCAGCAGAUGCUUCCUCUCAACUUGCUAAGAAACCUAAAUUAGAUAUUCUCAACAAACCAUCCAAAAAGAAAUCUUUACCACAAUUAUCUUCGAAAUCAUCAGGUCUUUCUCUUCCUGAAUCUUCCGAUAGGAAUGACGUUCCAACGGCCAGAUGUCACCAAUGUCGAUCAGAGUUUGUACUAGAACAAAUCUUGAUAUGUCAAAACACUAAACCGCCAACUCAAAAAGGAAGGCCAGCCGACAAUGGGAACUUAGCUCCGGUACGGGAAUCCACUUCAAAGUGGGGAAGAGAUAGAAAAGAUAAGGCCUGUACUCACUUCACCAUAUGUUUGGACAUGUCCGAUGUGUAUGGAUUAUUGCAAUUGCUCUCCUUGCAGGAAACGGAAAGGUUUACUUCCCACUGGACGAUUGGUGAAAAUUGCUGCAGAAGGCGGUUACGCCUCGGUGCGGCAGCUACUCGAAGUAGUUCCAAAUGCGCAGCACUUGCCAAUAAUAAAAAACAAAGACUAGAUGAAGCAAAAGAGUCUGGCAUCACGCCAAAGCCUACGAAGAGUAAAGAUGGGAAGCCGCAAGAAGACAAAGCCGCCAAAGGAUCAGACUCGAAGCCUAAGAAGCAGGUCAAGCCCAAGUCGGGAGUUGUGGUCGCCAUUCCAGCUCUUGGAAAAGAGAAGACCAACAAAUCUAGCCAGUCCAAAGAGACCAAGGGUGAUCUUUCGAGCAAAAAACUUGAAUCAGCAUUGCAAGCGAAGACUUCUACGGGUCCAUCGAGCUUUAAUCCAAAAGUUGCUACCUCCAGUGGAUCAAGUGACCUUACACAGCCGUCGACCUCACAGGGUGGUUCAAGUGACGCUCAAGUACAACCCGCCGUCCCGAAAGUACCCGUCAAACGAGGUCCCAAGCUUGUCCUAGCGCCUGAAUGUUUUUCUUCGAUUCCAACUGGUGAAUUGAGUUCUGAACAGAUCCAACUGAGGAUUCACGCUCGAGAGUUCGUAUGUCGCUUUAGGUCUCUUCUACCAGGCUUGGGUCGGACGGAACAUGCGAAUUCGAAGAAUGAAACUCAACGGGUUGAGAAAAUACUUGAUAGUAUGGAUGACAUUGUUAAUUUUUGGAUUGACGAUGAGGGUGGUAUGCGAGCGAUCAUGAGUGGAUUAGUCAAGUUGAUACUCAGUGAAAUUGACCCAGAAGAACCAAAUGAGAAAGAAAUUCUGUUAUCGGAUAGUAGUUAUGAGACGUUGGUUCAACUUAACAAGGAGAGUAAACUGAGUGGUAUGAUUCCGACUCCUUAUCAUUCAGCUUCUUCUGUGUGUUGGUCGACUGCUCAAACAUUUCUCACGCAAGAAGGACUACAUACUCAGCUCACGAAGAAUAACAAGAAUGUAUAUAUUGAUAGUGCACCUUCUUCAGAUACACGACUCUCACGCGUGAGAGUGCUACCUGAACAAAAGGUAGCCGUCAUAACUGGGUUGAUCGAUGUGGCUUUUCGUGGGAAGAUCUUGGCUGAUGAUCUACUUCAAGGUGUCGAAAGGGAACGAAUAGCCAAAGCUGACAUUGUUAAAGAUCGAGUGAAAAUCAAUAAACAAUGGGCAGAAGAUAAAGCUCAACUUGUGGCUGUUAUGCCAUCUAAAGAGUCAUUGAUUAAGACUGAUCCUCCUUUGAAGGGUAAACAACUACAAAAAAUGCAAGAAGAAGAAGAAGAGCGAUUACGCGCCUUGGGUGAAUGGGAAGUACGAAUGGCACAGGUGGAAUCCGAUCAUAAAAAUGGAUUACGGUUAGCCGGUAUUGCGCAAUACCUUGCUGGAUCAACGAACCGACUCAGAUUCCUGCCGAUUGGUCAAGAUACGAGAGGCAACUUAUAUUAUAUUCUAAGUAGUACACCAGGUCGACUUUAUCCAGAAGAACAAACCGAAUUAGCGUACGCAUGGAGUUAUAAUCUGCUUAUACAUGGAUCAGAACCAAGUGAUUUAAUCCAACCUGUUAAAAAACCCAAUCAAGCGGUUAUUGAAAAAUCUUCAAAAGAAUCAUUACCGGAAGAUGAAGAUGUAGAUAUGCUUGAAGGAGGUCAACGUGAUCCAAAUGAUCAAUGGAUUCGAAUUUCAAGUCCUAUUGAAAUUAGAAAACUGGGAUCAUGGAUCGAAUAUGAAGCUAAAUUGAUUGAACACAAACAAUUGAAAAACAUUGAUGAAUCAGAUCAAGUAUUAAAAGAAUCUUUAGACGGUAGUACUAGUAUUGGGGCUGUUAAGAGUAUGGCUUCUUUGGUGGAACAAAUCAACACGUUUGCUGAAUAUCUUGAAUUGAAAAUCACAGAAUCAGAUGAUCAAUUAGGAACAAGAUCAGCUAAAAAUCGAAAUAAUCUUACUACUAAAUAA